AUGCAGCAGCAUUUAAUGAGGUACCUAGCGGAGCAGCGAAAAUGGAUUCGCCGCGGAAUUGGUGAGCUGGGAGCCGGCGCCACGGAGAGAACGCAGACGCGAGGAGCCCCACCCAAGCGCGAGGAGCCCCGGACCAGCAGUAGCAAGGAGCCCCGCACCAGCAGACGCGAGGAGUCCCGCACCGGCAAUCGCGAGGAGCCCCGGACCAGCAGGCACGAAGAGCCCCGCACCGACAAGCGCGAGAAGCCCCACCCCAGUAAGCGCGAGGAGCGGCCUGAGGGAGGAAGGAGGGGGCGCACGGAGACGCGGAAGGAGGAGCCCAGUGAGCGGGCCUCGAAGCGGGCGUCCACGCGUUCGACGCGUACGGCCAAGGAAGAGGAGUCGUCGGCACGCACAAGGGGGAGGUCGACGGCGCGGCGAGGGGAUCAGCGGCCGACAGACCCACAGGUCGAGGAGCCGCAGCCAACGCCGGCCGAAACCGCGGUCAAAGAGCCGCAGACAACGCCGAUCGAGACCGCGGUCAAAGAGCCGCAGUCAACGCAGGCCGACAUCGCGGAAGAUAACGCGGCCGCUGAGGCACGACGCCUCGCGGAAUGGCACCGGCGGUUCGCGCUGGCCGCGGCGGCGGAGGAGCGGAGACAACGGCGUGUAUGGGAGGACGCCUUGACGCUGGCAAAGAGGCUGAAGGCCACGCAGGAGGCUGAAAAGGCGGCGCAAGAAGCGGAGGCGGAGCGCCACGAGCGAGACGUCGCGCACCAAUGGCGGUUAUCGGGUAUAAAAAGAAGGCUAUCCUCCAACGGAUCGAAGCAUUGA